AUGUUUUCUUUUUCUUCUUCAUCACAAUUGGAAUCUUCUCGAAGAGCUAUUCAAAAAGUUGUCCAACAACUUGAGACUAAAUGCCUCCGAAACAAUGAUUCAGAGAUUUGUGAGACGUUUUAUUCAAAACUGACUUCGGAAUGUACAAAUGGAAGUGGAGGUGUGAAGAACAACUGCAAAUUCGUACUUGAUUCAGCAAAAACUGAAUUUUGUCGGCGAAAUUGGAAAAAUGCAACUGGGCUGUGCUCGAUUCGACGCAGCAGACAUGAUAUUAAUACAGCAGGAGAUUACAAUGAUCCUCAAAACAUCGCCGGACUCCAGUCUACCCCAGCACCAAGGACAGCUUUACCUACACCUCAACCUGCACCUCAAGCUCCAGCUCCAGCCCAGCCGGCGCCUGUUCCACCAACACUUCCGACUCUCGAACCAACAGAAGCAUCUUCUUCUGGUUCAGGCAUAUUCCUUGGAAUUUUAAUUCUCGGAAUGUUCAUUUGUAUUGGAAUUUCCGCGGUUGCUGGUUACAUGUAUUACACGAAAAAACAGGAAAAAGAAAAAGAAGAACGGAAGAGAUUGGAGCAAUCCAGACAAAUGGAAAAGAGAAAAAGAAGGAAAAUCAAAAAGAAAAAAUCAAAAAGAAUAGUAGUUCAAAAAACAGGAGAAGAAACAAGAGUUGAAAGAAGAGAAGCAAAGGAAAAAGAUCGAGAAGAAGAGAAAGAAAAAUGGAAAAACUUUGAAGAGGCCAAUCAGAAAGAUAACAAGACAAAGACAGCAGAUCUUGGUGGGCAUGCACAAUAUGCAGCAUCAUGUCCUGGUCCUCCUGGAGCUCCUGGAGUUCCUGGACGUCCAUCAGAUCCCUUGUUUCCUGGUUGUCCUGGUCCUCCAGCUGGUCCAGCAGGUCCUGGAGUUCCAUCAGAACCGUUCUUUCCUGGUCCUCCUGGUGCUCCAGCUGGUCCAGCCUUUCCUGGAGCUCCUGGUGCUCCAGCAUGUCCCUUUCCACGUUGCCCAUCUUUUCCUGGUGAUCCUGGCUUUCCUGGUCCACCAUUGGCUCCUGGUGCUCCGUUGUCUCCCUUUGGUCCUGGACCUCCUGGAACUCCUGGCUUUCCGCCGUUUCCUGGUUGUCCUGGACGUCCAUCUGAUCCCUUUGGUCCUGCAGGUCCUGAUGGUCCAACUGGUCCAGCUGGUCCUUGUGGGCACUUGACGCAUCCUGGGUUUGGUUGA